AUUUAGAACGGAUCACCGCUCACCACUCGAAGCCACCACAAGAGCCGCAACAUUCACGAGCCACGCCGCGUUAGCCGGGCGGCCCCACCGCUCAGUGAGUGACCCCAAACCCCACCGCCGCGCCCGGCCUCUCCUCGAGCCGUCCGUCCUGCCCCCCAUGGCGCCGCCGGAGCCGGAGGUGUUCGACGUCGUCAUCUUCGGGGCCUCAGGCUUCACCGGCAAGUACGUCAUCCGCGAGGCCCUCAAGUUCCUGGCCCCCUCCGCAUCCUCCUCCCCGCUCCGCUCGCUCGCGCUCGCCGGACGCAGCCGGGACCGCAUCGCCGCCGCUCUCCGCUGGGCCGCGGCGCCGGCGCCGCCGCCGGAGUACGUGCACAUCCUCGUCGCCGACUCCUCCGACCCGGCCUCCCUCAUGGCGCUCGCGGCGCGGGCCCGGGUCGUGCUCUCCUGCGCGGGGCCCUUCCGCCUCCACGGCCACCCAGUGGCGGCGGCGUGCGCGGCCGCUGGCGCCGACUGCCUCGACAUCUCUGGGGAGCCCGAGUUCAUGGAGCGCGUCGAGGCCGACCUCCACGAGGUCGCCGCCAGGAACGGGUCGCUCAUCGUCUCCGCGUGCGGGUUCGACUCGGUCCCGGCGGAGCUCGGGUUCCUGUUCCACACCAGGCAGUGGGAGGCGCCGUCCGCGCCGCUGAGCGUGGAGGCCUACGUGAACCUGGUGUCGGGCAAGCGGAUCGUCGGGAACAUCGGCACCUACGAGUCGGCCGUGCUCGGGGUGGCCAACGCCGGCCAGCUGCAGGCGCUGCGCCGGUCGCGGCCCAGGCGGCCGAGGCCCAAUAUUCCAGGCCAUCCACCUCCCAAAGGUUCACUGAUAGAGCGUGGCUCUGGCAAUGCUCUGGGAAUGUGGGCUAUGAAGUUGCCUUCUGCUGACACAGUGGUCGUGAAGAGAACUCUAUCAAUCGUGACUGAGCAUCCCGAGGGCCUUCCUGGGGCUGAAGAAAGCCCAGAUUACACCGAGCAUAGGAAGACCUUCUGGUCUUCAGUUAAACCUGCCCAUUUCGGUGUGAAGAUCGCCGCCAGCUCCUUGAUGAUCCUCGUGCGCUUCCUGUUUACUGGAUUGUUCAUCGGCCUGCUGGGGAACUUCUCCUUUGGUCGGUCUCUUCUGGUAAAAUACCCCGAGUUCUUCUCCCUCGGGCUGUUUAGAAAGACCGGGCCAACAGAGGAAGAGGUCAAGAGCGCCUCGUUCAAGAUGUGGUUCGUCGGGCGCGGCUUCAGCGACGCAGCCCAUGCAUCGGAGCGCGGAAGCAAGCCGGACAAAGAGGUCAUCACAAGAGUUUCGGGGCCUGAGAUUGGGUAUGUUACAACUCCGAUCGUCCUGGUUCAGUGCGCCCUGGUCCUGCUGAGCCAGCGUGGCAACCUGCCGAAAGGAGGGGUGUACACGCCGGGCGCCGUUUUCGGGCCUACCGAUCUCCAGCGGCGCCUCCAGGAGAACGGGCUGUCGUUCGAUGUUCUGGUAACGAGGACCUUUCGCUCAGAUUGAUGGGCUCGAUUUGGUAGAGAAAGAGGUGGGCGAAGGAUGCAACCUGGGGAAUAAGAAGCGAUCAGUGGCUACUCAUUGUGAGUGUGGUAGAGUCUGAUGGAGUUUUAGUAGUACUAUAUUCUGAAGAACCUAGCCUCGUAUUCAUGUGCUGUGUUUGUGUGACAGUAGGAAGACGGUGUGCUGUAUAUGGGUUCCACUGUAUAAUGCCAUACUUGGCGUGCUACUACGUAAAAAGAAGGAUGUUAGUACCUA